AUGGACAAUGCGAUGAAUAACGAUAUGCUCAAUACUGUGGCCCUAAUCCUCAAUGUUGCCGUCAAGGAUCUGGACCUUGAUUCAAGUUUCAUUCAGAAUGGAGGAGACUCGCUCAGAGCAACGUCUCUUGCAAACCAUUUCCGUAAAAGAGGAAUAACGGUCACACGAGAGACGAUUCUCACGAGCACCUCACUUGAACAUCUUUUCAGCCUCAUCGAAUACCCAUCAAUUGAUCAAUAUGACGUCCAAGUCGAUCCGGCCUCCCCAGACUCUUCAACUGUUCUGUCUGAGAGCGACUGGCAGACAGUCUCUCCCGCGGAAAGAGAUCCUAUGUCCAGCUUGAACGACUCUAGCUUUAGUACAUCAUGUUCCAGCAUAUGUUCCUCCGCGCCCACGUCAGGAAACAUUGUGUCUCCUCCUGGAGAAAGUUUGCCGACCUAUCGUUUCGACCCCAUAUCUACGGCACAAGGGGCCCAGCAGGCCACAGAGAUGCAGCUGGCGCUAAUCCACGGGACGCUCAAGCACAGCCGAAUGAACAUGAUCCAGUUUACCAUGGUGCAUCGAAACGAAGACAUCAAUAAACUUCGGGAAGCGUGGAGGAUUAUUGUCGAACAAGCGGAUAUCUUUGAUACGACUUGGGUAGCACCGUUGUCUGGUACCCAGCAUUCACGAUUUAUAUGGAUCGAAAAUCCAUCAGAAGAUGAAGCAACGACAACCUCCAUCGGUUCCAGGCUCACCGUUUUGCCUCAAGAUACAAACAACGGUAGCUCUCAAAUUGUUUGGACAGUACACCAUGCCCUGACCGAUGGCAUUUCAGCCCAGCUUCUUCUCCGCAACGUACUAAGAGUCGCCAACGGCCAAGUUCCAAGGACUAUGCCAUCCUUUUGGGAAUGGGCGCAAGAUUUAAAAACUUACCAAGACGAUCACGCCAACCUUGCAAAGGACUUUUGGUCACGGCAGAAGCAGCUUCAUCCUGAGGCCAAGGGCACACUACAGUUACCAAAGCCCGACACGAGCAAAGAGCCCAACGAGGCCAAAACUAUCACGCUUCCUAUAGGUGAUUUGCGAGGUCGUCUGGCAGUGGCAGCAAAGCAUUGCAAUGUCACACUGGCUACUAUGUUUUAUGCUGCAUGGGCGCUUGUCAUGUCUAGCUUCUCCGACAGCAAGACUGUUGUUUUCGGUGCUCUCCUCAGUGGCAGAAAUAUACCCAUUGCAAAUUCAGACAAGAUCAUCGGUCCUCUUAUCACUUCGCUCCCUUUAUACAUCUUUGUAGACCCAGAUGUUACGGUCCAGGAAUUCCUCGCUUCACUAUUUAGGAGCCUUCUUGACCUUGAGCAGUUUUCCUGGACUUGCACGGACCAUGGAUUUAGUCGUGAUUAUGACUCGACGCUGUCUGUCGAGGCAUGGCAGGAUGACUGGUCGGAAUUCGACAUUCGACCAGUUGCGACGUACAAGUCUCAGCAGAGUGAUGUUCCACUGGGCAUAACUGUCAACACUGACAGCCUUGAGUUUCAGUACCACAUGGACAAAAUCCGUACGGUGGACGCUGAGAGAAUCAUGUAUUUUUAUCAACUUGCCCUUGAACAAAUCACUCGAAUACACACGCCCGUCAUGGCGGCUAUGGAGGCUCUCGUGUCAGCACCAAGCCGAGCUCUCUUAGCCAAGUUCGGCAACUGCAUGUCAGGUCGAACCACAAGGACUUCUGUCAGCGAUGAUCUCGUCAGCUUGUUCAACAGAUGUGUAGAGAAAAAUCCAGAUGGUAUUGCCAUCGAUGAUGGGGCUUUCCAUGUAACAUAUCGUGACUUUGACAUCAUGACAAGUCGUGUUGCCAUCGGAAUUGCCUCGAAGAUAUCCAAAGGUGACAUCGUUUGCGUUCACUCGGAAAAGUCGCUCAACUGGAUCGUGGCAAUCUUUGGUAUCCUCAAGGCAGGCGGUGUAUACUCAUCACUAGACCCUAUCCUUCCAUCAGAAUUGAGAGCAACCAUGUUUCGGAAUGCCAAAGCGAAGUUGUUCCUCACUCCGAAGUCAUGCCAACUUUGCCAAACACCAUCGACUUGUGCUUUAAGCGCCUCGAUAGACUCACUUCUAGCAGAUCCUCUUGUUAUACCCCAGAAAAUAGACAUGACGCCCAAGCCAUGGGCCAAUGCCUAUCUGUGCUUUACCUCUGGUUCUACUGGGACCCCUAAAGGUGUUAUGUGUACCCACGAAGGGUUAGUUGCUUUCCAGAGCGAUCUCGAGGUGAGACUCUUUGCCCAGCCUGGAGUACGCAUUGCUCAGGUCAUGUCGGUUGCAUUUGAUGGAAGCAUUCAUGAGAUAUUCUCCGCAUUGACGCAUGGUGCAACACUGGUUUUGCCGUCCAACGCCGAUCCCUUGGGUGCUUUGGACACGGCUCACGCAGCGAUUUUAACGCCUUCUAUCGCUAGGGUACUGAAUCCCGAUGACUAUCCUAUGCUUAAAUGGGUGUACCUUGUUGGCGAACCGGUUCCUCAGACAGUGUCAGAUCGUUGGUCGUCCGUUAAAACGCUAUACAAUAUGUAUGGCCCUACUGAAGGUACUGGAGGAGCAACUAUCAAGCGGUUGACACCAGGCGAUCCAGUAACCAUCGGAACGCCCAACCCAACGACAAGAAUCUACAUCUUGAACUCGCAGGCAAGACUCGCCCAUCCCGGCAUGAUCGGUGAGAUCUACAUAGCAGGUGUCCAAGUCGCCCGAGGAUACGUAGGCCUCGAUGACCAAACGAAAGAGCGCUUUCUCCCGGACACCAUCAUGAGAAAUGGAGAGACUAUGUAUCGGACAGGGGACCGAGGAUACUGGAGCGAAACUGGCGAAAUAUGUUGUCUUGGUCGAAACGACCGUCAAAUCAAGCUGCGCGGAUAUCGUCUAGAUCUGAAUGACUUGGAGGUUCGCAUCUCGCGAGCAGCACCCGAACUUUCUGGAGUCGCACUCGCUCGAAAACAAGAUGAGCUCGUGGCAGUUGUUCAACCAGAAGAUGUCGACAUUCAACGGCUGAAAGCCAAGAUAUCCACAGCUUUGCCCCGUUACGCCAUCCCACAUCACCUUGUGGCUCUGAACAAGAUUCCCAUGACGCCAGCUGGAAAGGUUGACUACCGCGCUGUUUCAGAUGCCUGCCAAAGAGUUUCACAGAGCCAGACUGAGCCUUUGAGCGACAUGCAGCGGUUGGUCUCAUGUAUUGUCUGCAAAGUCCUUGGAAUUGAAGAUUCGAAGCAAGUAUCUCUCGACUCAGACUUUAUCGCCUUGGGCGGACAUUCCCUGAAACAGAUACGCCUUGCUCAAAUACUGGGUGAAACGUUCAAAACGCGAAUUCCCCUUCAGCUGAUCCUGUCCAACCCAUCAGUACGCGGGCUUUCAGAUAGCCUACAAGUCCUGCUCGGCCCAGACCAAUCAAAGGCUCGAGCUGGACCUUGUGCACGGCUUGGUGACAGGGUUUCACCUAUUGAGCACGAGUGGCUCGUCAAGUACCAAUCUCCAAGAGGGACUGCUUCUUUCAACGUCUGUUUUGGUUCCACUUUCAAUGAAACAUCAGUCUGUAGAAACAGGUUGAUCUAUGCCUGGAAUCAAGUUUUGCAGAGACACAAGAUUCUAUCGUCGCGAUUCAGCCUUGAUGGGGAGGCUUCAACGAGAUACUGUGACCAAGUACCACCACGCGUUGAAGCCUUUUCUGAUUUUGACUUUUGGAAACAAGCAAACCGUCCUUUCGAUCUGACACUCGAAAGUCCCAUACGUGUCAUUGUGGCCAGGAACAAGCUCAUGGUUGUCAUCAGUCAUGUUGUAGCAGACUACACUACCCUCAGCCUUCUUCUUCAGGAUGCAUCUCGACUUUAUCAUGGGCACCCUAUACAAAAGAGGCCUUUUUACGCUGACUCUACGUCACUGGUAGAUUCGUCUUCCGAAUCUGCUAUUGAUUUCUGGAGGGAUUAUCUAGGGGAUUUACCGCAAGCGCCAAAGCUGUUACGCGAUUCACCGUUGAGAACCACCUAUCAGGGGUGCUCUUUCACUAUGCAGUUUGACCACCAUCUUUCGACCUCUAUCAUGAAGCUAUCUGCAACAAAAAUGUGCAGUAAUCAGCAGUUAGCUCUCGCAGUUGUUGCUGUUUGUCUUCACCAAGAUGCGAGUGAUAUGGACAUGGUUAUCGGCGUGCCUUCAAUGCACCGACAAACUGAAGAUGAACUACAGACGAUUGGGCUGUUUCUCCAACCGUUGCCUGUCAGACUAAAGUAUUCCAAGGUCACUCAAUGCUCGUCGUCUUUCCUUCAAUCAACUCAAUGUUCCAUGCAAGCCGCAGUGGCACAUGCGAUUUGUUGGGAUCGCAUUGUGGAUGCACUAGACGUUAACCGCCAAUAUCCCAAUCAUCCCGUUUUUGACAUAAUGGUCACGUUUCUAGAUGGCAGAAUGAUGAGCCAACUAAAGCUGGAUAUCCCAUCUUUUGAAUCUCGCCAUAUAUGGGCAAAUGGUGCCAAGUUCAAGCUGAUGUUUGAGUUUAUGGAGGUUUCGGAUGGUCGUUUGAUGCUCAGGAUAGAAUCUUCUGAUAAGAUAGAUCUUGCCACAGCCGAGAACUGGCUCAUUCGACCUGAGCUUCAACGUCUCUACAAGGAAGCUAUUCAAAGCCAUUUGAAGGAAGAACAUUUGUCCUACACUCAUAGCUUUGGUGGCGAUGCACUGCUGCUUGAAUCGGCAGCAGACUUCUUCAACACUUACUUCAAGCCGCGUAGCCCUGUCCACCCAGAGCAUAUAGUAGCUACACCUGGCGCUACGUCGUGUCUUGAUUCACUAUUAUUCAGCAUUUGUGAUGAAGGGGAUGUUGUGCUACUAUACGCCAUAAGUGACCUGCAAGGAAAGCGAGGGUUUGACGGUGAUGCCGGAGCGCCUUUCGUCUCUGCGCUCAGGUUGACUUAUGAGCACCCUGAGUUAGAGGAUCAAAAGACUCAGCCCUUAUCUCCAAAUAAAAUUCAUAUUAUAUGGAGCUUGAGUAAGGAUUUUGGUUCAAGUGGUUUGCGUCUGGGUUUCCUCAUAAACCAAGAUGCGAGCUGCAAAUCUUUGCUGGCUUCGGUCUACGUGCUAUCAACCAUUCAUACGUCCUGUCUCUCCUCCAUAGCAGCAACCCAUCUUCUCAAAUCAAAAGAGCUACCAGUUCUCAUUGGACUAGCAGCAACACGUCUUGCAGAAGCUCACAAAACUGCUAUGGCACGAUUCCGCGAAUGGGGAACUCCGUUUAUAUAUCCGCAUGCUGGCCCCUAUGUCACGGUGAAAUUAUUAAAGCAGGCUGCGAAUCUUGUAGAGGAAGACGAGGGACUUGAAAGGUUGAAACAAGCUGGGGUCGUGGUCUCAAGCCUUCGCGGCUUUGGAGGCUGGAAGGAAUUUUCUGGCAACCUGAACCACUACGGCUGGGUAAGAAUGACGGUUGCAGUUCCAGAGGCUAGAUUACUUGAUGCGUUGGAUAGAAUUGCGGAUACUAUGAAGUACUAG